AUGAAUAAUAAAGAAAAGUUAGCGAAGUAUAAAGAGAAAGUAAAUGAAGUGAUUUAGAAAAUGGUAUAUGAGCUUUUUAAACAUUAACCAGAGAAUUAUGUAUAAAAAUAUUUUGAUAAUAAAAAAGGUUGAUUGGAUGAUUGAAUAUUUAUAAUUGAUAAAAUUAAGCAGACAUGCAAGAGAGAGUUUAAUAGUUGAAUAUAAUAUAUCAUCAGAAGAUGAUGGAAAUGAAGAGAUAGAUGAAUUGCCUUAACCAUUGAAAAAUAAUAAAGUAUUUAGAAGUUCUGUAAGUGCAGAAGUGUUUGGUGUUUAUAAUAAGAAAGAGAAUUUUAAACCAAGAGUAAUAGAGAAGACAGAAUAAUAAAAAGAGCGAAUUUUAGAAAAGUUAAUGAAUGUAUUCAUGUUUUAAGCUCUUGGUGAGAAUGAGAAAAGAAUAGUAGUAGAUGCAAUGGAAGAGAAACAUUAUUAAUAAAAUGAAUGGGUUAUAAAAUAAGGAGAUGAUGGUAAUGAACUUUAUAUAGUAUAUUCUGGUGAAUUAAAAUGUUUUAAAACAAUGAAUCUUUAAGAUACAGAACCAAAGUUUUUAAAGGAAUAUGUUCCUGGUGAUAUGUUUGGGGAAUUAGCACUUUUAUAUAAUGCUCCUAGAGCUGCUUCAAUAUAAGCUAAAAAUGAUGCACUUUUAUUUGCUUUAGAUAGAAGCACUUUUAAUAAUAUUGUAAAAGAUGCUACAAUAAAAAGGAGAGAAUAAUAUGAAGAAGUUUUGUCUAAAGUUGAAUUACUAUAAUCUAUGGAUGCAUAUGAAAAAACUUAAGUUUGUGAUGGAUUGAAAGAUACUCAUUAUAAAGCAGGAGAUAUCAUAAUUAAAGAAGGAGAAGAAGGAGAUAAAUUUUAUAUGGUUGCAGAAGGAACUCUUAUAGCUUAUAGAGAAGUUGAUGGAUAAUAGGUGGAAGUCUUAAAAUAUAAAGCAGGUGAUUAUUUUGGAGAAUUAGCUUUGAUUAACAAUGUUCCAAGAUAGGCUACUGUUAAAGCUCAAGUAAAUUAUCAUAUCACUUAUAGACUGAUUGUAAUGUAGUCUAUCUCGAUAAUCAUUCCUUCCUUAGAUUAUUGGGACCUCUUGCUAAUAUACUUAGAAGGAAUGCAGAAACAUAUAAAAAGUUCAUUUAAAAUUGAGAAACCCC